AUGGAUCUCGUUUCUUCAGUUACGUCUACUCAGCCUACUUCUUUCUUAGGAAAGGUAGUAGAAAUCUGCAUUGUCUCUUCGGACUGCAAAAAGACAAUUUCAGAACUCACCAAACUCGGCAUCGGCCCAUUCCGUGUCUUUGAGUUCAAUGCAAACACUGUGUCUAAUCGUUAUUUCCGCGGCCAAUCCGCAGAGUUCGAACUGCUAGUCGCCUUUGCAGAUACAGGAGACAUGGUAUGGGAGAUCAUGCAGCCUGUUUCUGGGCCGUCAAUCAUGCAAGAGUUCCUCGACAGAGGCGGACAAGGGAUUCACCAUGUGGCUUUUGAUUGCAACCAUGUUCCACAACAGCAACGCAAGGAAGAAUUCAAAAGACGUGGGUUUGAGGUUCUGCAGUCGGGUGUAUGGCAUGGAAAGAAGGGAACUUUCUCCAAAUCCGAGAUCCGUCUUGUCACUUUCAAGAUAAGCGGAUCAGAAGGACAACAGCUCGAAGCCAGUAUCGAUAACGUAGCACUCGAUCCAGAGAACCCUACCACAUAUACAGCAUUAUCAUACUGUUGGGGAAAUGCGGUCGAGCGAAUCGAGGUCCCCUGCGACGGGGAGAUGCUCAGCAUCACGAGAACCCUUCACGAAGCGUUGAUCGAGAUCAUCAAGUCGCGUCAGAAUGAGCCUUUGUGGAUUGAUCAAAUCUGCAUCAACCAGGAGGAUAUCGCUGAAAAGUCUGAGCAAGUCUCCAAGAUGAAUGUGAUUUAUGACAAAGCAGAAACAGUCAUCGCUUGGCUAGGUCCAGCAGUGCACAACACUGAACUGGCCAUCGACUUUGUUAAAAAGGUUGGUGAUGUAGCACUUCCCACAGCAACAAACAUGUUUCGCUGGGAUAGUUACGGCGACGAACACGAAGAGACUAAGCUUGAGCGCACUGAGGCAUUGACCACUGAACAAUCCCGAGAUUUGGGCAUCCCUUUUGAUGAUGAUGAGUCCUGGACUGCUUUCGUCGACUUCUUCGACAGACCAUGGUACCAGCGUAUGUGGACCGUCCAAGAGAUCAUUCAAGCUCGCAAGGCAAUUGUGCUUUGUGGAUCACAUAGUAUCCCCUGGGAGCACGUCAGCGCCGCUGCUAGAUGGUACUGCUACAAGGCUGGUGCCAUUCAUGAGGACCACCAACGAGAGGUACACGGGGCAAGUCUGGUGGCGCGAAUGUCGACUAUCGCAUGGCGUAUGAGAGGAGGUAGCGAGUAUCAUCCCAGUUUGUUUCAUCGAUCUGCACGACCGACAUGUAGAUGGGGCUUGCGCGAUCUUCUCGAAAACCUACGACCUCGUCUCGCGACGGACCCUCGAGACAAGGUAUUUGCGUUGUUAGGUAUUAGCGAAGUUGAUCGCGCGUUCUGGCGUAACAAAGGUAUGGCAGUUGACUACUCCAUGUCACUCGUGGAUGUCUUUACACAGGCGACCGACGAAAUCAUCAAGUCAGACCCAACGUCAGACCUCAAUGUCAUUUGGUCUGCACGACAGAGGAACGAUGAGGCUGAGUGGCCUAGUUGGGUUCCUGACUGGAGACUUGACACAGGGACAGGAUGCGCAUGGGGUAUCGGUGCACCCUUGAAAACGGAGGGCAACCCGAAUGGGAAACACGUCUAUAUCCCUACAACAGAGCCUCGCUCGUUGGCUGUAAAAGGUAAAGUUAUUGGUCGCGUCACGUACAAGAACCAGUAUAGACAUUUCGGUGAACUCUUCCAAGAAAGUCAUCUUCGGGAAGUCUAUAACGCCUGCAUGGAACGGUUAUCUGCUUAUCCAACGGGUGAAGACGUUGAGACGGCGUUCGGACUCACGUUGAUCGGCGGCCUCCCGUUUCCCGCAGGUCUACAGAAAAAAGGAACAUCGUUGAAGACAUAUACAGCAAAGUACAUGCAAUUCUACGAUAACACGCAAAUGCCUAUGGGAACCCCUGAAGAAAAAGCAAAGCGAGAUAAAGCGCUCGAGGAAACAUAUAAAGUCGGGCUAAACAUGUCGUGGUUGCAAGAAGUCUUGGGAGCGUAUUGCGAGCGACGAUUUAUCGUUACCGACAGUGGACACAUGGGGCUGGCGCAUCACCAAGUCUUGGAAGGGGACGUUAUUGCUGUGGUGAUGGGACUCCAAUGGCCGUGCGUUUUGCGACCCAAGAGCGAAAGGCACGAUGAUGGGUACGAGUUUAUUGGGGACGCGUAUUGUCACGGUGUCAUGAAUGGGGAAGCCAUGGAGGACAUGAUGACUGGAAGCGACAAAGGGCAGGUCUUUACUCUCAAGUAG